AAGAGGAUCAGCGGGACGAAAUUGCCGUCCGAUUGUGUCAGUUUUGCGUUACGACCCCGCCGCUUACCACCCCGAGCCAAAACAAAACGAAAAGCAAAACCGAAGACAUACAUACACGAUCUUCAUUCAUUACUCUCGAUGGACUUCUUAUUGGAAAGUGCUUCUGAAGUCUUCAUGUGAUUUUUUUUUAUUGCCGUGCGGAGGGUUUUUUUUGUUGCAAUAAACGAAAUGGAAUCAGGACGGGGGGAGUACACGGAGUUCAAGAAGAGCGUGGACAUAACUCAGAAUUAUCCGGUGAAGACGUCGUUUCUGAUAGAGGAUAUCCUGUAUAGGGAGAAAGCCGAUGGAGAGGAGUUCGACGGUGGUCAGAAGCUGCCGCAGCCGAGGCCAAAGUUCGGUGCGGAGCAGCAACAGCAGCAGCAAGAGGUGAUCAAAACGUUCGGGCAGCAGGCGAAAGCGACGGAGAGGCGAGAGAAGACCGGAUAUCCUUACUUCCAGCAGAAUCCUCUCAUGCACAGUUCGCAAGCCGUGCAGAACUUCCAAGGGCAGGAGAACGGCUACAUCCAGGUGAUGGGUGCACUUGGUGCCUAUCUCGGAACUCCAUACAAAAGCAUAACGGAUCCCUAUUUCUUGACACAAGGUUUACCGUUCCAUCAUGCCCUGUUUGGAAAUUCGCCAAGUGAAAUAUCACUGAACGCGCUGAAACAUUGCCGACGGCGGAAGGCUCGGACCGUCUUCAGUGAUCCGCAACUGACGGGUCUGGAGAAGAGGUUCGCGGCUCAGAGGUACCUUUCGACGCCGGAAAGGGUCGAACUGGCCAACGCUCUGAGCCUGAGCGAGACCCAGGUCAAAACGUGGUUCCAGAACAGAAGGAUGAAGCACAAGAAGCAAUUGCGAAAGAUGCAGGACGACAAAGGAGGCGGCGGCACCGGGAAUGCUUCGAACGCCAACGACCAAAGACAAGACAAGAAUAAUGACGGAGCAAUAGAUUUUUCCGGAUCGCAGACGAUGAGAACAUCCUCGAGUCCUCAGGAUUCCGACAUCAGCGACACCGAGAGCGACAUCGACAUCGUCGGCGACACAAGCAAAAAUUAUUACAAGAACUAAAUUUAUAUAUUUAAAAAAAACAGCACUUGUAAAAAUUUAGUGUACUUUCGGAGAAAAGAAAAAAAGCAAACAAUGUAUUUAACAAGUUGUGAUGAUGUAUUUUUUAGUAAUUAGCAUAAGAUAAUAUACCAAAGAAGGCGGAAUGUUGUAAAAUGUAAAUUCUUGUAGAUACACACAAUUGGAACAGAAGCAAAAUGAGCGUCGAUUUCGAAACUGUAGCAUUUCGUUUUUUUUUUUAACUAUUGGAACCGAAUUUGUUAAUAAUAUUAUUAAUAAUAAGUAGAC